UAUACCUAAUUGCCAAUACACAUCAUUGUGAUAACAUAAAAACACAAUUGACUACGCAAAUCAUACACAACACAUAUUUCGAUAAACAUAUUCAUUUUUAACGAAAUACAUCGUAUAUUACGUACACGAGUGUUAUCAAAUGUCACAGGAUGACGAGUCUUUAUGUAACUCGGCCUACCAAUAUUUUAAAUGCGCAAAACCAUUGGAUUUUUCUUACAGGAAUCUUGUUUCACUUGAAGAGUUGAACGGAAACGAAAAGCCAUUGCCAUUGAGAGUACGAGGAGCGCCUAAGAAAAGUUCAAAGAGCAACCGUUACAGAACAGGUUCGUUUUGGCUGAACAAAAACUAUUUGAAAAACGUCAAUGGCCUGCGGAACCUAGCCGAUCGUCUAUUCGAAAUGGCUGAUUACCUCUCGUGGUUAGAUUUGUCCGACAAUAACCUAACAACGAUCAGUGACGAAUUUCUGCUUUUUCCAAAUCUGUCAAUGCUGUACUUGCACAAGAACAAUAUUCAUGACGUUGUUGAAGCGUACAAACUACGGAAUCUGAAGAAAUUGCGGACGUUGACGUUGCAUAAAAAUCCAAUGUGCGGAACCCCGUGUUAUCGGAGCACAGUUAUCCAUUUUUUGCCAAAUAUACGGAAACUGGACAAUGUGGUGGUGGUGCGCUCGGAACGUGAACAAGAAAGAAAAACACUUGACAAGGAUGUCCGCGUGCGCUUAACGAACGCGUAUCCAGAAGACUUUCCUUGUACAUUAGUCUCAUCAAAAACGCGUUAAUAACGUAGGCUAUUUUUGAUAAUUACUCUCAUUGAGCUGCAACUAAUGUUACAAAAACAAAAAUAAAACAAAACACAAUUACAGCCACAUAAAACAUCGAAAAAAAAAUUCUUUAUAAAUAAAUUUUAUACUGCUAAAA